UACCUUUUUGCGCGGCAUAAGUAAUGUACGCUGUACGUGCCUGCUAUGACAAGUAGUAUCAUAUCAUCUUUGAAUUUAACUGUUGAACCAUAUACUGUAAUUAUAACGUAGUAAAUACUUGACAAUCGACAAUCAUGAGUGAGGAUGGUGGCUGCUUCGUAACAUGCGUAACAGUAGUGGAAUGGUUUACUCCUCAAGGAACGACAUUGCGGAAGGUCAGUCACCGCACUGCGACGUCUCGUCUUACAAGAAACAGUGACAGAGAGCUAAUGGUUGAAGUUAGAGGAGAAAAAGCUAGCAGCUUGAUCAAACUACAUCUACAGGACAUCGCAGUUUUUAACAGAUUCAUGUCCGAGGGCAAGGCCUCUAUUAAAUUCAAGCGAGAAAACUGUACGGUGUACUUUUCGAAUGCGCCAAUCGAACCACUGACGAAUUUUCUGAAGACCAUCUACAUAAAAACGUCAAAUGCAGAUGAUGGUGGCAACAAUGGAGCAAAAAAUCCAUUGAGAGAAAAAUUAAUGAGCAAUAGAGGCGGUACUGAAGACGUGAGUCCAGCUACAAUAGCCGAGAUCAACAGGGCCAAAGAGAAAGCAGUUGCUGCAUCCCGUGCUACCAUUACAACACCCUCUCCCACCAAUGUUAGAAAAAGAAAACUUGGGGCUGAAAAUGGAAUUGCUAACAGUCCAAAGAUUCCUAGAGCCAAAAAACUCUUUCACAAUUUGGGUGUUGAAGAACUGACUGAGGAGCAAUCGAGAAUAUUGCAGUGUGUUAAGCAAGGAAAGAACAUUUUCUUUACUGGUAGUGCAGGCACAGGUAAAUCGUUUCUUCUAAAAAAAAUCAUAGACGCCUUGCCGCCAAAUGUUACAAUGGCCACAGCAAGUACUGGAGUGGCAGCUUGUGCUAUAGGUGGAAUAACUCUUCAUCAGUUUGCUGGUAUUGGCUUAGGAACCGCAACUAUCGAAAGGUGCAAACAGAUGGUGUCAAAAACAGCAUCGCUCUGGAGGAAAACGAAACAUUUGAUCAUUGACGAAAUUUCCAUGGUGGAAGGAGAUUACUUUGACAAGAUUGAAACAAUUGCAAGGUUCGUUAGGAACAGCGAAAAACCUUUUGGUGGCAUUCAAUUGAUCUUGUGUGGUGAUUUUUUUCAAUUACCUCCUGUCUCUAAGAAAGACGAGAAGGUUAACUUUUGUUUCCAGAGUAAAGCUUGGGGAAAAUGUGUUCAAUUGAAUUUUGAGCUCAAAACUGUGCACAGGCAAACCGAUCCAAAGUUUGUGAACAUUCUCAAUAAAUUAAGAAUAGGACAGGUGACUGAUGAAAUAAGUGAAGUACUGAAAAAUACCUCCAAACAGAAAAUCGAAUCUGAUGGUAUUUUGGCGACUAGAUUAUGCUCUCACGUAAAUGAAGCCAACGAUAUUAACGAAUCUCAGUUGGAAAAGUUGACAGGUGUCGUAAAAACGUAUGUAGCUCAGGAUUCAUCUGAGGAUCAGUUUGUGACAAGACAGCUUGAUCAACAAUUAACAGUACCAAGUAAGCUAGUAUUAAAAGUUGGAGCCCAGGUGAUGUUGCUCAAAAAUCUUAGCAUUAGCAAAGGACUUGUAAAUGGAGCAAGAGGAGUGAUAGUUAAAUUUGAGGACGAUCUACCAGUUGUGCAUUUCCGAAAAGCCGGUAAUUACAAAGCAAGGAUGGAAAAGUGGAGCAUAAAAGUUGCUAGUGGUGCAGUUGUCUUCAGAAAACAGUUGCCUCUCAAACUUGCCUGGGCUUUUUCAAUUCACAAGAGUCAAGGAUUGACCUUGGAUUGCGUUGAGAUGAGUCUCGCGCGAGUUUUUGAUGCUGGUCAAGCUUACGUAGCGUUGUCGCGAGCUCAAAGCUUACAGACGCUUAGAGUGUUAGAUUUCAGUUCUGAGCAAGUAUGGGCCAACAAGGAGGUACUUAAUUUCUACAAAAAGUUCAGAAGACAAAUAGAACUAACGGAGAUAGUUCCUUUAGGAAAAAAACCAAAGUUUGGAUGAUCCUGUCUUCUUAGCGUAAUUUACAAAUAUUUUCAAUGGGAUUUUAUAAUACUAAUUUUUUCAAAAA